AUGUGUGCCUACGCGACGUCAAACCGAACCAACAUGAAGAAUCACCUGAGAAUACACACGGGCGAGCGUCCGCACAAGUGCAACAUCUGCGGCAAAGCCUUCAUGCAGAAGGGCAACCUAGUCACGCACCUCCGCGUCCACACCGGCGAGAGACCUUUCCAGUGCCACCUCUGCCCCAGCACCUUCAGACAAAAGAUAACCCUCAUGGCUCAUGUGCAGACGCACACAAAAAGUGGUGGCAGGAGCACAAAACAGAUAUCAGCAAGACCCACCAGGUGGCAGCACGGUGCCAAUCAGCGGCUAAACAACUCCUCUAUGUACAAGUGGGACAACAUUUUUCGCUUGCCAAAAACAGUGGAAGCGCCCCUGAAAGUGUGA